AUGGAAAGUAAAAAGGAAUACCACGAUCCAGAUUAUCCUGAGACCUCUGGUUCUACUCAGGAAGGAGUAAAAAGUUUAUCUGAAGAAGAGAAAUUAGAAAAAAUCAAAAACAUAGUUCGUAAAGAGUUUGGAAAUGAAUUAGAUAUAAGAGAAAAUGAAGUUAUGUUAGCUGAUCAACGGAUGUUAACGGCCAGGCGGGCUCUCCAUCAUCUUCGCUACACCCUGGUGAACAAUUACUACAAGCAGCAAAAGCUACAGCUCUCUGCAAGUCAGCUGGAGGAUGAGUUAACAGAGCUGAAUGAACCACGAUCAAGAGCUGAGGUCUCUUCGCUAUUACGUGAUGGCCAACGUGAAAUCCAUCCAUCUUUACGUAAGCUGCUCGGCAAGAAGACAGUGGACCUUGAGGAAAUAUUUAAGAUUAGGGAACCAAGAAAUAAAGCCCGAAAGGAUUACUUGGCAAUGCUUCAAACUCGCAAUUACACAGUGCCAGCAGACUCCACUAAGUCCCUGCGACCAGAAUCCCAGCAGCAGGAAAUAGAACCAUUCUCAACUGAUGUACCAGAGAAAUUGGAUAGACCCAAGAAGGUGCCCCGCCACCUAGAGCCGAAGAUCACGAAUGUGGUGACGCUGGACGAGGCCACCAGGAACAAAAUGAAACACCGGUAUCGAAUUAUCAUAGGCAACACGUCGAAGUACGCGCCCGGGGCGUCGCGCGCCGACCGGUCGACGCACACGUGGCUGCUGUACGUGCGCGGCGCGGAGGCCGUGCUGCGCGCCGUGGCCGUGCGCCUGCACCACUCCUACGCGCCCCACCACCUCGUGCGCCUCGAGAGGCCGCCGUUCAGCGUGGCGCGGCGCGGCUGGGGGGAGUUCCCCGCUCGCGUGGAGCUCCACUUCGCGCUGCCGGAGCGCAACCGGCCGGCCGCCGUCGACCACACCAUCCGCCUCGACCGCCACUGCACCGGCCUGCAGACCCUCGGUGCCGAAACAGUGGUGGAUGUAUGGCUGUACAGUACUGCCGAAAUGUUGGAGCAUGAAUACAAAGAAAACAUUCCUGUGAAUCCACCGCUAGAAGCCGAAGAAGCAAAUGAAGCCGAUAAAACGGAAGCAGCAAGUGACGAUGCCGUCCCUAAUUCAGCGAAAGACAGUAAUGAUAUUCGCUCUAACAAAGCUAAUGAGACCAACAACACGGAGAAAUUGAACGACAGCUGGCUGGAGUUCUUCUCGAAGGACACCACUGAGUUGAACGUAGACGAAAUGCUGGUGAAGGAUGUGAAGAGCAAAGCGAUAGAAACAAAUGACAUAGAACCCACAAUAGACGGAAGCUUUGUUACGAAUAAGAGCGACGAGUGCAAAGGCAACGAAUCCGUCAUUACAGAUAUGAGGGAAAUGGACGACUUCAAAAUAUGUUCACCCACCGAGCAGCUGCCCACGGAACUGGUAAACCAGGACACUUGUCUGAAGAAGAGGAUAAUGAAGUACAUGGACCCGACUACGAGGAAAAUCUACUAUCUGGAGAUGGACAGAGACCUGGACCUGUCCAAGGUUCAGGAGAUAGUGAUCAACUCGCAGGGACAGGUGCAGACCGCCAAGAUAAGCCCGAUCAAGUCGAACGGACUCAAGCACGUGAGGAAAACUAAGGGUGGCGCUUCGUUAACGAAACCUGAAACGAAGGGUGUGACGAAGAAGGAAGUUAAGAAUGGAAAUCACAGGAAGCUGCGCGACUGCUACGCUCAUAUAGAGAACGAUCAUUGUUACUUAGCAACACCGCAACAAAACUCUGAGAGCGAGGAUGAAGACCUGCCUAUGGACAGUCCGACACACAGUGUGGGUCCGAGGGAAAGGAACCUGUAUGAGGGGCUCUGUGCAGCUCUACUGAGGUUCCCCUGCGUCAGAAUGGCAGUGAACUAUCUGCUGAAGAAUAUACCCCUGAUCAGUGUGAAUGCGACCAAUGAGGGUUAUGUGAAAUACUUCCCCUUUGUAGUGGAGAGUGAGGAGAGGUACUGGAAGCUGGACUUUGCCAAGCGGAGAAAUAUAGAAUGGUCCAGAGCAAAGCUUAUAAAUAAGCUAUUGAUAGAAAAUUUAAAAACGGAUGAGCCGAUUUGGCGGACGAAGCAGAUACUGAUAUACUCCAGAAUGCACGGAUUCUUUCCAAUCAGACCGGACAACAUUCCACAACACCUGGACAAGAGCACCGAGGAUUGGUCCACGUGGAAAUUCGGCGAUGACUUCAGAAUAGGGGAAGGGGGGAGGAGUGAAACUUGUUCCACGGCUGGCUGUAACACGUUGACGAUUUUCGACAUCGACGAGUACCUCGGCGAAAACUCUCCGUCGGAAUCUUUUAACCAGUCGGACUCUGAUGAAGACAUUGACAUUGUGAUGUGUGAAACUAAAGUGAAGGUGAAAAGUGAAGUGGUGCCCGAGUCGAGCCUGGAGGUGUUGCCAGUGGAGAGCGAGGAGGACAGACUGAGGUUUUUGUUCAUAGAGAAAAAGUGUGCAGACAUUGGUAUAGAGUUGAGGAAUGAGGACGUUGGCAAUGGUUAUGCGUAUAGCGCGGUGCAUGCAGUUCUAUUGUCAGCCAUGCGCAGCUUGGCAGAGGAGUUGUUACGCUCCUCGCUCGCUUCACUGCACCAAGAGACACACACCCCGCCACUUGUGUGGGCCAGCGGAGCCCGGCGGCGCAGCGUGGGCACCGCGGCGGUGCUGGGCGCGGUGCAGGCCGUGCCGCGGCUGCGGCUGCUCACCUCCAGGGGCCUCGGAGCGGAGAGACGUCGGACGCAGCCGCUC